UUUCUAUUUUAGUUGCAGACUAUGCUAAAGUGGCAUAUCCCCACCUACACUGCAGGAAAUUAGGUAAAUAUCUCAGUGGCAGGGCAGGUGUAAAUAGAUCAUGAGCACAAGUUUUCACACUGAAGUUUCAGUUUUGUCAUAUUUAAAUUCCUAUUUUGGACUCUUUCUAAACAGUGACAACCUCUGUACGGUUUUUAUUUGACUGGAUCCUUCCAGACAUGUCUACGCUUUCUGUGACCACACUGAACUGCUCUGGUUUAAUCCUAUUACAUGUCAAGCACAAAGGGGCCUAAGAGGUUUAUGUUUCGCUUCCUUACAGAGUGAAUCUCUCCCUCUUUCUCUGACUCUCUUUCAAGACACCAGGAGAGCUAUAUGUUUGAUCAUUUUGAUUCUGUGCUGUCACAGCAUCUGUCAAAAUAAAGGCCAACUGAUAAUAAGAUUGUCUGUGAGGGCUGAAGAGAAACUGAUGAUGAAUGAAGAUCAGGUGAAAGAGAUAAUCCAGAGAUGGGUAAGUCAACAAUAUUUCGCCAUGGUAACACAAUUUAGCUGAGGCUAUCGUACUCAGGAUCUCCUCUCCUUAUGUUGCAAUUAAGUAUGACCUUCAAGUGUGGGGAAAAAUAACAUAACGGCUGACAGAUUAGCUGCUAGCAUUAGAGUAUAGAAGAACUGGUGCGUUGGAUGACGCUACCUUCAUUAUUUCUCAUUUGAUCCUCCUCACUCAGUAACAAGAGGAAGUCCAUGUUAAAUAAAUGUAUUUGUUUCUUAGGGUUUAUGCAGGAUAUCCUGACAUCUACUCACACUAUACUAGCACUAUCUACUGCUUCUAAAAGGAAACUCAUGACUAAGGCUCAAUGGUGUUUAUCAGCAAGAGUAAAAGAAAACAUUAUGACGUGAUAUACUGUGUCCUGUAUUUAGAGAAAUACUCAAGAAGACGAUCUGAAGCCCGAGGACUACCAGCAGUUCAAGACUUUGGGAUCUGCCUGUCUCAGUGAGGGUGAAAGUCAACAGCUCUUAAAAUUCAUACAAGAUGAGAAGAACCAGGUAUUCCUCGCUGUUGCCAACACAGCAGAUCAGGGCAGCUGUUUCCUCCAUAGCAGUUACACCUCACAGAUAUGAAGUGACAGCAGAUUGGCAGUGUUAAUCUGCCAUACAGCUCUAAAAGCACGGCUACACUGCAGAAUUGUACCCACUGAAGCGAGCAGCCUCUUGCCUGCUACACAACUAUGCUAAACAUUAACAUGCAGCUACCACUCUGUGCCUCCUAGCCUCUUGACCUGGAGGUGUGCUGGGAAAACAAGCAGAUAUUCAGUCAGAUUUCUCGCUCCACUGAUAACCCUCUUCAAUACAGCGCUUCUCUAAGUGCCCUUGGUUGUCCCAUCUCUCCACGCUCAGUGCAGUUAUUUGUAGCCUACAUUUAAAGCAUGUGUCAUCUCCUGCUCCUUCCUCUUUCCGAGGCUAAAACAAUCUCAAGGGCUGCAAAUGAUUGAUUAUAAAAUGAGAAAUCCCUGGAUUUUGACUUUCAAAACCAUUGCAGAGGACAUGCUUGAAAAAGAGGCCGCGCGGAGAAAAACAAAUAGGUUAUUGUGAAAUCUAUGGGCUGUGUUAUAUUGGCACCUCUUCUAAACAAAGUUGUAAAAAAAGCUGAGGAUCUGGAUCAAUACCAAGCUGCCAUCACACAUCUGACCAGGACUUGCAGGCCAAAUGAACUCCUGGAUAGCAUGCUUGAAAUAACUGAAGGCAUUGAUCCAGGUGCCAUUUCCGAGACAAUCCUAGCCCUUCUUCCGCAUCUUCAAUCAGUACUUCUCCGGCUGGAUGAGGGGAAGGCGGCCUGUGUGGGCUCGACUCUGUCGGCCCUGCAGAAGCAGCUGUCCCGGCUGCCUGUGCCUUACACGGAGCAGCAGGAGGAGGCUGAUGAGUACGGCCUGUGCCGCUGCAGCGCUGCCUUGACUGCGUUCGCAGAACCUUUCGUGGAGGAAGUGAAGAGGACAGACGGAAAUUGUGCUGCUACAGCUGAAGAUGAGGAGCUAAAGAUUGAGCUUCUGAAGUUCUGCAUGAGGAGUUUGAGAGCGCCUUUGCUUGAGGCUGAACUGAAGCACGACAAAAAAUCACCAUUGUGGCUCUUUGCAGUAGAGAUAAUGGUCACACUUUCUGCAAUCAAAGAGCCUCUUCCGGGGCUCCUUUUCUUCAGCUCACUGAGGAAAAACAUCCUGAUGGACAAUAAUCAGUUCAAGGAGGCGAGAGCAUGUCUGGCUUAUCUGCUGUUUGUUCAGCUCAUAACCAUCGACAACUUUCCAGCAGUGUUCAGCCAUGUGUUUAUUCUCCAGUGCAACAUGGAAUACAUCAGUCAGCUGCUCAGCAGCAAAAAGGAAUCACAUUUGCUCAAAGGAUUGGCGCUGUUCACAAAAAGCUUGGAGCGUGUGCAGGACAACAGCCUCCCAGUGAGUCUGCUGGAUCUGAAGAGCUUCUACAGUGUACCACAUAACCUGCGGCGAGUUCUUACCGACUGCCCAAUACAGCACUUGAGAGAAUCGGGCCUGCAGGUUUUCCAGGUAUUCAUCAAUAAAUUAGAUGCAGAAGCAAAGCACAAAUUCUUCAGGUGCAUGUUAAAAACCAGCAAUCACGCAGGAAUAGAAAGUUAUAUAAUCAAGAACAUCAGGAAUCAAUUUGAAUUUUCUAUGAAGCAGGGUAAUGCCAACGAUUGGUUCUUGGGAACGGAGUUUAUUUCGCUGAUGAGACUGGUGCUGCGCUUGCCACAAGGUGCCGAGACAGAUUUGCUCGGCAGUAUGGACAAGGUAAUGGAGAGCCUAAAUCUGCUACGCUAUGUUCUUAUCAGAGACGAAGAGCUGAGAACCAAUGAAGAUGUGUGGGAAGAGUUGUGCAGGAUCAAAGAGGAAUACCUAAAAAUGCUGCGUGUAUGUAUCAGCAUAUCAAGAGCGUAUUAUUCCUCUGAACUGAAAGCACUGAGGGAGGACCAAAAGCUAAAAGCAAAAGAAGCCAGAGAUGCUGCUCGAUCCACUAAAUUAGUCAAAAGCAUCACAGUAAAGCAGGAGAAAGUGUCCAACAUGUCCCCAGAGGUCCAGCACCAGGUGCUGCAGAGUGCUUUGGUGACAUUUGACCUCAUGGAGAGUCUUAUAGUCCGAAUCGAAGAGAUCACGGAGGAAAAACUGAACAAACUAAACUGAGACUCUGAAUUCAGACCCUUCAAUAUUUUUCUAAAUAUAUCUUUAUUUGGUUUGCUUUGUUUGACUGAAUAAAGUGUGUGCUUAUAUACAAGAAUGUAUACAAGAUGAUACUAAAUACUGAAAUGUCUGCUUUUGUAUUUUCAGCCCAUCGGGCUCGUGCUGGUUAGCAUUAAAUAAAACAUGCCGAAUCA